GUUUCCAAGAGCACUGCCUCGCGUUCAAUCUCAGCCGCUUUAACAAUUGCUCCGUCUGCGUCGUCACCACUUUGUAUCCACUUAUAAUCGACUGACGGCACGUCCCUCUCACGUGGCUGCAAUCAUGGCAUCAUAUUUCGACCUUCCCGCACAAUCAAGUGCGCCAGCAGCUGUUGAAAUAACUCAAAAGGAGCUGCAGGGAACCAGUCUUCUCUCACCACAAGUAUCUCGUAUAUUGGACGGCUUACAACUUGACAAGUCAAGCAGUGACGACGAAGAGGACGCCGACUCCUCAAGUUCAAAUAGCGACGAAGGGUCUAGACUCUCGGGCAAAAACACCAAGAUUGACGAUACACUGAUUCGAAAAUCACGCCAAGGAACUUCAAAUUCGGCUAGAUCAGCGUCCAAGGAGAACAGAAUCUCUUCGGGGCGUGCUACCGGAGACAAGUCCUUAAAGAGCCCGAGGAGCCACAUGGCCCGAUUUCAAUCACUCCGCAGUACUCUAUUCCAAGCCAACAUCGAGAGCAACAUGAAGCAAUGCCAUCAAGAAGCAGAAGCGAGAGAGAAGGCGGCAACUACUUGGAAGGCGCAGCACGAAAAGAGACAAUGCUACAGUCGGCCUCACACCCCAGACAAAACACCGGAAGAAAGAGAGGGGCUCGGUCGCCGAAUCGGCAUGAAAAUCCGCCGCUUGACAAGCAAAGAGCCGCCAACAAUAGCCAACAUUGAAGACAACACUGGCCUUAUGUCACGACGUGAGUCAACAGCCACAGACGAUGAUGAUGGCGACCCAUGGAAUUCGCGACAGAGCUACGAAUCCAGUAUUGAUCACUCUGAUGUUGAUGAGUUGGUGCGCUGGAUCAGCAGAAGGGACCCACCCAGCGAUGGCGAACGUCGCGUGUCCAAUGUCAAAGCACCAAAGAAGGAAGACAGCGGACACGAAAGCCUGGGUCAUUCUGACAUCGAAGAGCUUGUUCGUCAUGCCAGUCGCAAAUCUAUAUCUGUCGAAGCAGUAAUGCCGACGCACACUGGAUACAGCGACGAAUCGACAGCAUCAGACUCCGAGCAAAGUCAGGAGGUUCAGAAUGAAGAUGAGGAUGGUCUCGAGGGUAACCUCAGUCGUUGGGUAUCACGGCGUGAUGGCGCAAUGGCAGGACCUGUUCGGAAGCAGGGAAAUGUCUUCCAGUUAGAGCCAGACACUGAAGUUGACGACUCAGACGUACCUGAGAUUGGGCGAUGGAGAACACAUCAUGACGAUACGAGUGGUGAAUCUAUUGCCGAAAGUAGCGAGAUCGCGAAGAAGGAUGACGUUUCUGUGCUUGAGGCGAAGCGCGGGCGGUCAAGAGAGCGUUCACCUCGUUUUGAAGACAAGGACCAUAUCAAGGAUGACGAUGUGGCCGAACUUGUACGAUGGGUGUCACGCCGGGAUUCGAAGCAGACAAGCAACCCCGACAUCAAGGACGAUCUUGUAGAUCUGCAGCGCCAGGAGAAUGAGAAAAAGCAGCAAUUGGGCAUGACGGUCGACAACGAGAGUCUUGCGCCGGAAGACCUUGAUGAUCUACUUGCUCAUGUCCGCGGUCGCAACAUGGGUGGCUUCAGCUCGGGCAUCACACCUGCUCACGUUUGAGCAUGUAUUCUAUGAGUUGAAAGACAUAAAUCGAUCAGCACAAAUGUCUAAAGGCUUUGGAAGACUGCAUAUCUGGCGCAACAAAUUAACAUC